GGUCUUGGCAGCCAUUUUUGUCGUUUAGAGGACUGACGGAAAACAGCAACCCUGCGCGAGUCACCGUUACGACAAUAAAGCUUAUUUUUGUUGUGUCAAACGGCUGUCGCAUCAAAAGGAGCAAAUAUGUUCUACACAUGUGGACCCAAUGAAGCCAUGGUGGUCUCAGGCUUCGGCCGCUCUCCUCCACUAAUGAUUGCUGGAGGACGAGUGUUUGUCAUCCCGUGUAUUCAGCAGAUCCAGAGAAUCACUCUGAACACACUGACUCUAAAUGUGAAGAGUGACAAAGUCUACACCCGCCAUGGCGUCCCCAUCUCUGUCACCGGCAUUGCUCAGGUCAAGAUCCAGGGCCAGAACAAGGAGAUGCUGGCCACCGCCUGCCAAAUGUUCAUGGGAAAGUCAGAGGCUGAGAUUGCCCAAAUCGCACUGGAGACCCUGGAGGGCCACCAGAGGGCCAUCAUCGCCCACCUGACUGUGGAGGAGAUCUACCAGGACCGUAAGAAGUUCUCCGAGCAGGUCUUCAAGGUAGCCUCCUCUGACCUGGUCAAUAUGGGGAUCGGAGUAGUCAGCUACACCCUCAAAGACGUCCAUGAUGACCAGGACUACCUCCAUUCUCUUGGCAAGGCCAGGACAGCCCAGGUUCAGAAGGAUGCCAGGAUUGGAGAGGCUCAGUACAAGCGGGAUGCUGUCAUUCGGGAAGCCCAAGCCAUGCAGGAGAAAGUGUCCGCUCAGUACAAGAAUGAGAUCGAGAUGGCCAAAUCCCAGAGGGAUUACGAGUUGAAGAAGUCCGCCUACGACGUUGAAGUCAACACCAAGAAGGCCGAGUCAGAAAUGGCCUACCAGCUUCAGGUGGCCAAGACCAAGCAGCGCAUUGAGGAGGAGAAGAUGCAGGUUCAGGUGGUGGAGCGCUCCCAGCAGAUCAUGCUGCAGGAGCAGGAGAUCGUCCGCAAGGAGAAGGAGCUGGCGGCCAAAGUCAAGAAGCCCGCCGAGGCGGAGAGAUUUCGUCUGGAAAAGUUGGCUGAGGCUCAGCGCCUGCAGCUCAUCAUCGAGGCUGAAGCCGAGGCCGAGUCCAUCAGAAUCAAGGGCGAGGCCGAGGCGUUCGCCCUGGAGGCAAAGGGCCGCGCUGAGGCGGAGCAGAUGGUCAAGAAGGCGGAAGCCUUCAAGCAGUAUGGAGAGGGAGCCAUGGUGGACAUGCUCCUGGAGAAACUACCACUGAUGGCAGAGGAGAUCAGCAAGCCUCUGACGUCAGCCCAGAAGAUCACCAUGGUGUCCAGCGGCGGCUCGGAUGUGGGAGCUGCCAAGUUGGCCAACGAGGUCCUGGACAUCAUGACCCGGGUGCCCUCGGCUGUGGAGAAACUCACUGGAGUGGACAUCUCCCAGGUCAGUGGGCAGUCCCUGCGUGUCCACUAAGACACCGUGGAGGAUCACACCUCCUCUCUCCGUGCCUCCGGAACCACUCUGGUGACUCCUACCAUCAAAUCGCAUGCAGGUGUGCCUCUACCGUGUCUCUAUCGUCUCUUCCUCCGCCAUUUCGUAUCUCUUCAUAAGUGCUGGUGUUUUUAUCGAUUUAGAUAAAUCUAUUUAGCUGGAAAUGGUUUAGUGUCUGCCUCGUUGCACCAAAAACAUUUGGUUGUGCCUUUUCAUCAACAAUGUGUCCUCACAUCUGCUUCAUGAGCGCCGCUAGCCUGUCAAAUAGAUCCAAAGGUUAUCCUAUGCACUACACAUUAACUGAGCGCCAAUGCUACACAUAGAGAGUAUUACUACCACACUGGAAAAAAAAGUACUUAUGUUUGAAAAGUAAUAAUUUGAACGAGAAAAAAGUGGUAGCAUUACCGGAAUAUUGAAUAUUGUCACAAUUUUAACUGGUGAAAAAGGUAAUAUUUGCAAGAACAAAGGCGUAAUACUCCAAUAGUCAUAAUUAUGAGUGGAGAAAGAAGAAAAAAAUGUUGUUAUUGAGGGGCAAGAAAGAUGGAAUAAAAUAAAUGACCAGAAUAAUGCUAUGCUUUUUAUCAUGUAAUAUUACAAUAAUAUAGUCUAAAAUAUAUUCCAUGAGAAAAAAGUCAAAAUAGUAGGACAAUAUGUACUAUUUACAUUUGCAAAAUUGCCAAAAUAGUUGCAAUAUUAUGGGAAUACUGCAAGCAUAUUCUGCAUAAUAUUACUAAAAAAUAAUGGUCAUUUAAAAAAAAAACAAUAACUGCGGUAUUGAGAGACUCAAAUAAUGUAAUAAUUGUUAUAACACUGAAGGAUUUAAAAAGCAUAUUUAGAGAAACAUCUGCUCUGACUAUUGAUUUUGAGCACUUAAAAUGCUGACAUUUUAGUUUCGUAAUAUUUGUUGUAAAAUAUCAACCUUAUCCUCGGAGUUGUUACCUUUUUUUGUCGAUUCUCAAUGUAGCUGUAAUAGUCAAUAUAAUUUGUGUUUUUGUGUGGUGUCUGAAAUUGUUAAAGCAGGUGGGAUUAGUGGUUUGCCAGCCAGAGACACGGUGGGCGUGAUUUAGGGACGGGGAGUGGGAGGUCUUGCAUUGUGAAAAGCAAAGGAAGUGUUGCUGGACGUCAACCAUUGCUAACUACAGCUUGAACUGUCGUGUAUGUUUGGUUAGCUUUGACUAAUUAUUCUCCAUGUUUGCAAGGAUGCUGACUAACAUCGAGGUCCUGUUACAUAGUUAGGUACCCAUAAAGCUGCAUGUCUGUUUUUUUUUUGUAAUUUUUAAAAAAGACUUUAUAAUGCUUUACUAACAAAUCAAAGCUGUAAUGCAUCUCGUCACCGUGAAGUGCCUGGUCAAGAUGAACUGCUAAAAAACAAACUAAAUCUCAGACCUCUUGUGUUCAGCUUGUCAGGGAAUACAUACAGUCAUGGAGGAAAUUAUUAGAACCGCCUUGUUUCCUCACUUUAAUGCCUGGUACAACUAAAGCUACAUUGGUUUUUACAAAUAUAAUUGAACUUAAGAGCGUAUAUUUAGCCAUGUCUGUUUUUUUUUUUUAUACUAGCCAAAAUAAACCAAAGUUCUUACAUCAAUAGCUAUGGCAUUGUACUGCAAAAAAAAAAAAACAACUGUGCUUUUUUUAGACAUUCCAUGUUGUCCUGUCCAACACACUUGUAGUAGUACCAGCCUUUUAAAAAAAAAACAAGGCUGUUCUCAUAAUUUCUUCCAUGACUGUAUCACCGUCUAUCCAACCGGUAUAAGCCAUAAUGCUGCCAUGUUAUUUGGAAUUUAACCCUUUAACUAAUCCUAUGUUUUGUUUUUUUUGUCACGUCAGAAAGAAGCAUUGCUGCAUGGUAUAGCCGCAAUAGUAUGAAAAUGGUCAGCAUUUAUCUGUAUUAAUAAAAAUGUGCUGUAUAAUUA